GACCCAUUACCAUGGCCACCCUUAAGUUCUUGUUGUUCUCCCUAGGAACCUUGGCAAUCCUACAAGGAACCUAUGCAGUUCUGUUCAAAGUAACCAACAACGCAGCGUCAACUCAAGGAGGAGUGCGCUUUAUUAAUGAAAUCGGAGUUCAAUAUAGCACUCGAUCUCUACGAUUUGCCACAGCAACCGUAUGGAGGCUCCUAGGGCAGCUAAGACCAGCAGAAAGAAAGAAUGUCAAACAAGUUAGCUUGUUCAUUGAUGUCAUGGAUGGAGUAGCAUACGAAAGUGACAACGAGAUCCAUUUAAGUGCCAACUACAUCGGAAACUACUCACGAGAUGUAAAGAGAGAAUUUACAGGAAUACUGGUUCAUGAGACGGCACAUGUUUGGCAGUGGAAUGGGAAUGGCCAGACUCCUGGAGGAUUAAUAGAAGGAAUUGCAGACUUUAUCAGGUUAAAAGCUGGAUAUGCACCUCCUCACUGGGUAACAGCCGGACAGGGUGAUAAGUGGGACCAAGGGUAUGACAUAACUGCCUGGUUUCUCAACUACUGUGACAGUCUCAGUCGUGGGUUUGUGGCAAAGCUCAACCGGAAAAUGAAAAGCAGCUACAGUUCCGACUAUUUUGUUGAGCUGCUUGGUAAAAAUGUUGAUAAACUCUGGAGCGACUACAAGGCUAAGUACAAAACUUAAUUCUCCAAUUGAUCUGCUCAUACAAAUAAACUGGUAGAAUAAAGUUACUAUAGUUCACCAAUUAAGAAAAGUAGAAGCUCUUCU